AUGUCGGAUUCACAGAUAAGAGAGCUCUCAAAAGGGUUGGAGACAAGUGGAUAUAGGUUCUUGUGGGUACUGAAGACUAGUAAAGUUGAUAAGGAUGAUAUACAAGAGGUGAGUGAUAUGGUGGGAGAGUCAUUUAUGGAGAGAACAAAGAACAAGGGCAUUGUAUUGAAAGCUUGGGUAAGCCAGCAGGAUAUUCUAGAACAUCCAGCCAUUGGAGGGUUUGUGAAUCACUGCGGUUGGAACUCGGUUAUGGAAGCGGCCCGGGAAGGCAUUCCGGUGCUGGCGUGGCCGCAACAUGGGGAUCAAAGCGUGAACGCUGAGAUUGUGGAGAAGGCAGGGUUAGGGAUAUGGGAGAGGAAAUGGGGUUGGGGACUUGAAGGGUUGGUGAGUGCUGAAGAGAUAAGAAAUAAGAUUGUGGAGCUGAUGGAACAUGAGAAGGUGAGGAGUUGUUCUAAAAAGGUUGGGGAAGAGGCUAGGAAAGCUAGUGGGAUUGAUGGCAGAUCUGAGAAGGUGGUCAAGGAAAUCAUGCAGUCUUUGAUGCAGAAGAGAAACUAG